GGGGUUGCGCUGUCUCUCAAGCUGCCCGCAGCAGUAUCUUUGCACAGCUGCAAUAAAGACUGGACAGAACCGACCUUCCCCUAUGGGCGGGGUGUAUUCUUUAUAGCAUUAGCGGUUACAGUUUAUCGUGUUACCUGCGACCAUUGAUGUUUACUAACCAUGCGCCUAGUAUUUUAAAGAAACCGAGCGGCAUUUUACAGUAAACAUGGAUUGAGCUGGGCGCUAGUCUAUUGAUUUAUAUUGCUCUCUCUGCCUGCCAUUUGCACACAUUAUUAUCUUCAUACAUACAGCGAGUUGUUUUGCUCUCAGUUGCCAGGACUGUGUUGCUGUUCUGCGGGCUGGGGAUUGCAGUGCAGCCCCUGGCUGCGAACGAAAUCUCUCCAUCAUACCAAGAUCCUCCUGCUUUUUAUAUUAUCAUGUUUAUUUUAUAAAGAUGGCGGUGUGGGGGACCCUGUAAACUAAAUGACUGUCAGAAAUAUCGCCUCCAUUUGUAACAUGGGCACCAAUGCCUCUGCUCUGGAAAAAGACAUUGGUCAAGAGCAGUUUCCAAUCAAUGAACACUACUUCGGAUUGGUUAAUUUUGGCAACACGUGCUACUGUAACUCGGUGUUGCAGGCGCUGUACUUCUGUCGGCCAUUCCGGGAGAAUGUCCUGGCAUACAAGGCCCAGCAGAAGAAGAAAGAGAACCUGCUCACGUGCCUGGCUGACCUGUUUCACAGCAUCACCACGCAGAAGAAGAAGGUCGGGGUGAUUCCUCCCAAGAAAUUCAUUUCCAGGUUACGGAAAGAGAAUGAUCUCUUUGAUAACUACAUGCAGCAGGACGCCCACGAGUUCCUGAACUACCUGCUGAACACGGUGGCAGAUAUCCUGCAGGAGGAGACGACACAGGAGAAACAAAACGGGAAGCUGAAGAAUGGCAGCACCACCAGCGACGCGGAGGAGAGCAACAAGAUUGAACCCACCUGGGUGCACGACAUCUUUCAGGGGACACUGACCAACGAGACACGGUGCCUGAACUGUGAAACAGUCAGCAGCAAAGAUGAGGAUUUCCUUGACCUUUCGGUUGAUGUGGAGCAGAACACAUCAAUUACACAUUGUCUGAGGGAUUUCAGCAACACAGAAACCCUAUGUAGUGAAUGCAAGUACUACUGUGAAAUGUGUUGCAGUAAGCAGGAAGCACAGAAAAGGAUGCGAGUGAAGAAGCUGCCGAUGAUUCUGGCUCUGCACCUCAAGAGGUUCAAGUACAUGGAGCAGCUGCACCGAUACACCAAGCUCUCCUACCGCGUGGUGUUUCCUCUGGAGUUACGCCUCUUCAACACUUCAAGCGAUGCUGUCAAUUUGGAUCGCAUGUAUGAUCUAGUAGCUGUUGUUGUCCAUUGUGGAAGCGGUCCUAACAGAGGGCACUACAUUACCAUAGUGAAAAGCCAUGGGUUUUGGCUGUUGUUUGACGAUGACAUUGUAGAGAAAAUUGACGCCCAGGCUAUUGAAGAAUUCUAUGGUCUAACCUCUGACAUUUCCAAAAACUCUGAGUCUGGAUACAUUUUAUUUUACCAAUCGAGAGAAUAAAUUGGAAGAUUAGUAGGGUAAAUAAGGAAAGUUUGCGGCCCUUCCCAAUCCCUAUUAAGAGGAUAUCUUACAAUAGUGACAAUAUUCACUAACCGUAGAUGGGCUGCUGCACCAGUGAGUAAUCAACGGCACGAUACCCAUGCUUGAUAUGAUUCUCACAUCUGAGGCAUUCUUUACAUUAUCCAGAGCUUUAAUCAUGCGGUCACUUUAUCUUUUCUGAGUUUAGGAUCAACGAGAACAGAUCAAGUUCAUCCAAUUUUGUAGGAAUCUGUGUUAUUAAAAAAAUUAAAAGCACUUUAUCUUAAGAUAUAUAAUGCUUUCAGAUCAAAAGUAAACCUAGACUUGCUGAAGAGGACUUGGCAAGCUUGCCCAAAAUGUACAUAGGUAGUGGUUUUAAAAUAAUUGGUACUCGGUAACAUUUGUCUUGAUUUUAGAAUUGAAUCCUGCCUAUAAACCAAAUUCAAAACCCCUGCACUAGUACCGGCAUCCAUUCUAAUGAAAAAGAACAGUAUUUCAUAAUGUAUUUAUAUAUAACUAAUACUAAUCAACAAAAGUAAAGACGCAUAUAGUUAUAUUAUGCUUUAUUACGUGAGUAAAUAAAUACAAUUGUAUAGAAAUAAACUACUACCUUUUAAAUGUAGAUGCCUAAGUAAUUAUUUUUGUAAUCUCCUAGAUAUUGAGUGAAAAGCAAAUAUACCAAAAUUGACACAAUCAAACUGUAACCUCUACCUGGUGCAUUCAAUUUGCUGUUCAGUGUGAAUACAAUAUACACAAAAUAUACUACCAAAAGUAAUGGUAAAAAGAUCAUUGAUAGUGUUACUGAAAUUUCUGCAGACAUUCUGACAUUCGAAAAACCAGGGGAUUUAACAUCCUACAAAGUUUUGCAUGUACGAUUAGUAUAUUUAAUAAUGUAAAAACAAUAAUAUUUGUGCAGAUGAGAAAUUCAGGGUACUAUCCAGGAUCUGUUUGACUGCCAUGGUUCAAUUUUUGUUUUUAUAAGGGUUUAAUAAAUUGGAUAAUGCAAUAAGGAGUAAGCUAGGUAUUUGGUAUUUUAUAGCCCGUGGUUGUAGUCUGAGAAAUGUUCCCUUUCAGUUGGGGCCUCCACUUGCUAAGUGUCAUUACUCUGGGGUCAAUGUUUUUGUUUUCCACAGCAAUUCUGUGACUGUUUAAUAAUCACCCUCCUUGUGUGUGUGUGUAAAAUGACUUAAAACUGUGAUUAUCUCAAUUCUUAAUGUUGUUGUGUGUGGGUUUUUUUGUUUUACAUUUGUCAAAGUUUGGCAAUAUAAUACAGUCCGCACUUGGAAAUCCGUUACCCAGAUACACGUCAGUCGCAUUUUAACGCCCUUGUAAAAAGAAUAAAAUCAAUCCCCAUUAUAUAUAUAUAUAUAUAUAUAUAUAUAUAUAUAUAUAAUAUGUAUGUGUGCCAUUUUAAUGCACAUACCCAUUACACGCGAUUUCCGACUCCAUCACCAGUUUUCUGGUACAAAGCCCAUCUCUUCAACUCUUCAGUGUUACAGUUUAUUUGAAUUUCCGUCACAGCCCUCGUUUUUUUUGUUUUGUUUUGUUUUCUCGCAUGCCAAAUCAGUCUGUCUUUACUGUGCAGUUACACAGCGCUUCUAUUGUUGUUCUGAAUUAAAAUACUACUGUUGAAAAUAUAUAGUACUGUACCAACAAAACCAACUACACUACAUCUAAAUGCAGGCCUACUUAUUUUAAAGCACAGUCCUUUCAGCUAUAUAUUUUUGACAUCGCAUUUUUUUGGUGUUCCCUGAAAAACGGACAAGUGUUGGAACGGGCCAAAAUGAAAUAAUCAGAUAUGUGUCCCAUUUAACCGUCAGUGAAGUUAAAAUUGUAUAGGGUUGGAUAUGUGAGUGCUGACUGUAUUCAGUGCUUGUGUGUAAUGGGCAAGAGAAUUCUGGCCACUAGAUAAACAGCAUACACACUACACGUUCUACUACAUUGAAGAUAAACCUUGUUAUUCUCAUUACAAGACUGACUCCAGUUAACUAGGUGUCGUUGACAUUUUUUUAAGUAGCCAGGUGAGUUCUAGUCUGCAAUAACAAAGUACACAAACAAUAAUCAAUACAUUUUGUGAACAAAGCAUUUUUAAUUUAGAAAUUGUGAUUGAAAAAAUAUAUUUUUAGAAAGUAGUUCUCAUGUAGGUACUGUUAAAGAUCAAAUUCUCUGGAAAAAUUAAAAUCGUAAGAUUUCUAGAAAACAGCAUUGUCAACAAUUAAGAUUCAGUUUUUAUUGUGUUUAUUGGUAGGCAUUGGCCUACUUUUUUAUUUUUAUUUAACUUUCAACAAACAGUUAUACAGUGUAAUGGGGUAACCUUCAGUAGGAACGGUAAUGAUUUUACAGUGAUGGUCAUGUGAUGUCAGCAAUAUAUAUUUUUUUUUUCACCUCUAAAGCAAUAGAAUGUCCAUUUCCUAAUGAAGAAGUGGUUUCAUGAUAAUAGUUAUUUUGCAAUGCUACAGACCUUUUCUUUAGACCAUAGAAAUAACAAGCACUGCAUGUGUAUAAUUGGUUUUUAAUUUUAAUUUUAUUAUAUUUUUAAAUCUGCAUUUUAAUCUGCAAACUUGAUACCAAUAAGAACACUCCCUCAAAACAAAAACAACUCAAAUUGUAUUUUGUCCCUAUAUAGUGGUGCUUAUCUGAAAACUGAACAGCUCAGACUAUAAACAACUUGGCUAGUUAACGCAUGUGGUGAGGUAAAGUAAGCAGCUUAAUUAACUACUUGGCAAGUUGGAACAGAAGACCAUGUGGGGAAGAGAGUGGUGUGCUUACAUCAUACUACAUGGAGAUGCUUUAAAACAGCCUAUGGUUUUACUGCGUUCUGUUGUGGUAAUGUCAUCCCAAGAGUGCAAGCCAUUGCUGAAAUAAAGUGCCCUCCGUGCCCUCCUGGAAACCUGCCAAGUUUCAUUGCUUUACAGUACGGCACAUUGAAAGUACUUUUCUCAGUGGAGUUAACAACACCCUGUACUGCGUAAAAGAAGCAAAAAGGCCUCACGCGGGCACAACAGCUCUCAAGCCCAUAUCCAAAAAUACCUGACAUACACACAUUUUUGAGAGAACACAAAACUAUUUCAGCAAACCGUAUAUAUAUAAUAAAUGUUGCAUAUUUAUUUUCUUCAGCGUUCUUGAAGGUCAUGUUGUAUAGAUAUUGUUUGAAGGAUGUGUUCUGUUUUUAUGUAUAAUUGUAAUAGUAAUGUUUUAGUUUUGUAAAUUUUUGUAUUUAAUGUUUUUGGAUGACCUAGCAAUAUCAUUUGAAAUAGUUUGUCUUUCGAAGGUUAAAGAAGCAAGUAAAAGUGUAUCCAGGCCUGGGGUUGAGGGACUAGGGACCAGGGACCAUUAAUGGCUGCAGAAGAGUGGUAAAUUGUACCCUUUAUUUGUGACACAUUACAGAACAGACUGUUAAUGGGGGGGAAAACAAAACCAUUUUUUAGGUGGGACGACUAUGUAUUGCAUGUAAAGGCUGGCAUCUACAACCAAGCUUACUCCUUUCAGCUCUACCCUAACAUUCUUUAAUGGUAACAUGAUAUGUAUGAUUAAGAUUGGUGUGAGAUAAAGGCAAAUUAGAUACCCUUUGUUAACCUACAGAAUGGCCCUGCUAUUCAAGUUACAUUUGUAAAGGCUGCCCUACAGUAGCCCUAAGUAUCUGAAAUGCCAAACCACCACUACACCUGUUGCCAGUUUCACUCUUUUAAGGUGCUUGUGGUCCAUUAGGAGAUGCAUAGACUGUGCAAGCAUAAUUUUUCAUAAUUUGUUGAGCAUGUGCAUUUGAAACACUUUGACUGUCUGGUUAAAUGCAUGCAGGAUUCCUGCACAUCCUUGUAAAUCCAAGCAUGCCACAAGCAAAUGAGAAAACACCAUGAUAUAUUCAUUCAAAAUGAUGGUUAUUCAUGAGAUAUAGGGGCCUGUUCACAGUUAUACGAAGAAUGUUAUUUAAAAAUCUAUUUUGAUGUAUUUGAAUACAGAUUUUCAUUACACUUUCCUAGGCUGUUGUAUCUCAUCAACAAAGCCUUUAAUUUAUUUAUUUAUUUUUUUUAAACACUGAAAGGUGUUGAUAACCUUAAAUGGACAAAGGUAUUUCUGUACAGGAAUAAAGUGGGAACAAAAUAUGACUAAGCAUUGAUGAAGUGCUUCAUAAAUAUAAUUUAUGUAAAGAAAAAAAUCUGGAUUUAUUUCACAAGGUGUUGUGGGAACCCUGUCAGUAACCAUUUUUUCCAUGUAAAUGUUGUAAAAGGUACCACAAUUUAUUUCCUUUUGAUAUAGAAACUGAGUGGUGUACUUUCUUAUAUUGUAUUGUGUUAAAUAAUAUUCUGUGAGUGGGCUGGUGCAAUUUAAAAAUGACAACAAUGAUGAUACAACAAAAUAACACAACAAAAAAUAUACUAUCAUUUUCACAUCAUUGUGGGUUACAGUUUUGUUUCAACUUUAUUCCCUUUCAUCUAUAUCCAUGGUGCUCACUUCUGGUCCCUUCAUUCUGACUCGGGUCCUUGUUCCAAUAAGGAAUUACUGAAUUGAACACUAAGGCUGAGUUAAGCAAUUGAAGACCCAAUUGAAAUCACCUUGGACUGCUCAAUUCAGUAACAACAGAACAAUGUCUUGGACUGGGACAGGCAGAAGACCCACAUCUGGGAACCAUUGAUCUGUACCAUGAGAUGCUUGUAAAAUGAUACUGAUGAAUAAUUUUUUUUGAAGACUUAUGAUGUGUGUAUUUUUAGGGGUAAUAUAGUGUAAACAAAUAAAUAAAUUGAACUGUAAAGAAAAAUGAAAUGUGCCAAAACCGUAAUUUAAUGGAUUUGUACUGGAAAGAGAAAUUAAUGCGAUUUGUGCAUCGGACAUCUUGGUGUGAAUAGUAACUCAAGGGUGGGAGAAAAAUGGUUUCAUUACAUCUGGUUUUAAGAACUAAACUUCAUUGUUGUCAUGUCUUAAAUGUUUGGGAUGUUAAUCUGGAGCAAAAAAAUAUCCUGUAAUAGUAUUAUUUUAAUACUUUUCUGGUCUGGUUUUAAUCAAAAGGUGUAUUUCUACAGAUAGAGAAGUGUAUUUCUAGGCAUUUAAUUAAAAUCCAGUACCCUUUGUUAUUGUUUGGGAACCAUGUCAUGUUUUGUUUAUUUUUAAAUUUUUUUUUUUUUUUUUUUAUUCUCCUUAUAUGUAGCAAACCUCACUAGUGAACCUAGACUGAUAUUGGUUUUCUGUAAGUUUUACUUCAAAUGACAUGUAAAACCAAUGUAGGCAUUAGCUGAAACAUUUGUGUACAUGACUGAGUGGGCCCAAAACUGUAAGUACUUUUAAUAAAUGUUUUUUAAAUGAUUAUUUUAAAGAUCAUUUUGAUUCAUUAGAUCAAGCUUACUGUUUUAUUAAACCUUUUUUCAACUGUUUUGGAGCGAAGUUAGAAGUUUAUUUUCACUUUUAAAGUGCUCUUUAACAUAAGGGUAUGUUUAUAAAACAUUCUUUGAAACAGUCCUUGCAUUUUGUGAAUAAGGCCCAGGAAGUCAAUUUCGUUGUAUUUUAAUUUACACCUAACAUGAAGCACUGAUGAUGAAUUGGCAUACUUAACUCAUGUCUAAGUGUAAUCGAAAAGUGAACUUUACUGGAAAAGUAAUAUGGUUUAAUUGUAAAAGAUUUAGAGGUUCCUGAGAAAUAAUUAUGGAAACAAAUGUUUCUAACUUUUAUUUUCUUCAAUAAAACCUUUAUGAUUAAAA